AUGCGUCAUCGACCCCGCCGUGCCACGCCACGUGCCAGCGCUGCCCCGCCAGACGGUCCUCGCUCGCUCAAUCCUUGGGGGAGCUGCCCGCUUCUCAACUGUCAACCCGACCGUGGCUCUCCGUCGCGUCGCGUCACAGCGGCUAUGACGACAUCCUCUCCCCUCACCUCUCCGCCGACCACGACAGUCAUGGGUUUACCAACCAACACCAAACCACCAUCGCACGCAUCAAGCAGCAACCCUGCUGCGACGUCUAACACAAAGUCCUCCGGCUCCUUCCCCGCGGUCCUCAUUCCCCGCGACAUGCUCCGAGCCGAUCUCGAGGCGCGCACCCCCAAAGACCUGACUUCCCUCAUCUUCUCUCUAAUGGACCGCUUCCCCGACACUGUGCCCUUUGUCGCGAAGCAAACGAACACCGCGCUUGUCUUUGCGCCGUCCGGCAAGGGCUUGUCGAACGCGAUCGUGGUUCCCGCUGCGAAGUGGUUCGAGAAGGAUCGGGAGGAGGGGCGCGGGGACGUCGAUGAGGAGAAGAAUAGGGAGAGAUGGGACAGGGAUCCGACGCCAGUCGCGCGCGAAGUCGCAGGGAGAUCAGAAAAGGAGAAUAUGAAGGAGGCGAAGGGGAGGAAGGAUGUGAACGGAAAGGAGCUCGCGGCGCAGAGCGAGGCGGAUGAGCCGUCGGCGCAGCCUACUACAUUGCGCAAGCGCGCAGCUUCUCGGACACGCUCCCCAUCUCCCAAUCCCCCCUUUAAGCGCCGCAAGCGCGCCGCUGCGCCGACUGAUAACAACUCCGCCACAACCUCUACGUCCUUCGAUCCCGCAGGCGUGUACACCAUCAACUGCCCCUACCUCUUGGACCAAUGGCCCGAUGACUGCUCCGGCCCCCUCACGCUCCGCCUCGCCCUUUCCUCCACCGGCCGUCACCUCUGGGGCGCCUUCAAGUUCGGCAUCGUCGAGGGCGUCCUCCGCUCCACCUCCCCAGCGCCCUUCCUCCCCGACACCACCAUCACCUUCGACUGGCGCGGCCGCGAGAUGGGCGAGGACACCGUUACCUGGGACGAAGGCAACGUCGGGACGCUGACCCUCGCCACGGACGGCACCCCGCGCGGGACCCUCGACGGUGCGUUCCUCGACCCUGACCAGUGCGUGUUCUCCGGGCGGAAGAAGGUGGGCGAUAAGCGGUUCCGCGCGCCGGGGGAGCGGCUUGUGAAGCGGUGGAAGCGCGAGUGGCGGCGGCUGCCCGCGUUGGAGGUGGACCAGGGGAAUGUGAUCUACGUGGAUGAAGCGUUGGAAGAGGCGAUGCGACGGAAGGAGCCGCCGUUGCCGUCCGAUACCACCGAGGACGAGACCAUCUGCAAAAUAUCACGGUACUCGGGCUCUUCACUCCCUCGAUACUCGUACCUUGUUGAAAGUAAAACAAAGGGAAUGCACCUCCACGUCCCGGAAAUCCUCCUCGAAAUCGCUCGCGACGAAGGUCUCGGAAAAGGAGACCUGUACAAUCUCUCCCUGUCGUGCAAGCUAUGGAGGGAUAUCGCGGAGGUGGUCCUGUGGAAGGAUAUGCAAGGCUUCAUGCCGGUGCUGGCGACGAUCCCAGGUCUCUAUACAAGGGAGAACUUGGCGGUGUCUAUGGAAUUAGACCGCGCGAUUCGCCCGGAAGACUGGCUCGGGGAGCGCGUACAGCAGCGCCGCUCGCUCGUGACGCGCCUCGUCAUGCCCUGCGAGUACUGGUGGGACGUCCAGUCCGCCAUCGCCGCGUGUCCUCCUCCCGAGGGUCUGCUCUUUCCGAAUUUGCGGCAACUGACCGUCGUGCCGAUGACGCCGUACGACAAUCGUGGCCUGCACCCUGGCCUCUUUGACCUCCUGGUCUCGCCGACCGUCUCCUCGCUCCAUCUCGUCGACCUCUGCGGCAUACACAUAUCUGAUCCGCGGGCGUGUAUUUUUCGCUUCCCCCAGCUCACCGACCUCCGCGUGAAGGAGAACCUUCAGGCGACGGUCGAUGGCGAGGACGACGAGGGCUUCGCGUUCGCCGUGGUUGAUGCCGCCGGGCGCUUGCAGGAUCUCUCUACCGUUGACUUGUCGCUGAAGGCGGCGUUCGAGAGCUCUCACCUGAAGGAUCUUUCCGCGGUGCGCGCGUUGCGUUCUCUAGCGCUCAUUCCGUAUGAGGAUGUGCUGAUGAUGUUACACUCGGGGCGAGCGAGGCCACUGGAAAUGGUGGAGCUCACCGUCACUCUGCACACUUCGAGGGCUCUGCUCGACUUGACGUCUGCCCUCCGCAAUCACAGCGCACCCUCGACGAUGCGCGAAAUCACCAUAAAACCCGACUACUGGGACCCACCGUCAUGGAAGCUGACCCUCGCGCUCCUGGGGCCGCUGUCCACGUUCCCGCACCUCACCCGGGUCGAGUUCACCAAUUACCCUCUGGACCUUUCCGACGCAGAUGUCAUGCGCAUGGCGGAAUGGUGGCCCGAUCUGCGCGUUCUGAGGAUUGAUCAGUAUAGGUCCAUCCCGAACCCGGCGACGCUCACGCUGAACUCACUGAUUCACCUCGCACAUGGGUGCGCGAAGCUCGAGCGCAUCGACCUGCCGCUUCAUGCGCGCAACGUGCCGGACGUUGCAGGCACGAUAGGUGGUAGCGCAAGCUUCGUCGUAGCUCUUGACGUGGGAAAUGCGCCCAUUGGAGAUCCAGCGGAGGUGGCAGGGUUCCUGCGCAACAUCUUUCCGGGAGUAAAAGAGGUCGAAUUUGUGUAUGGGAGCUCGUGGAAGAAGAGGUGGGAGACGGUGAACGAAUAUUUGAAGCAAUGA